GUGUGCAAUAAGUUCUGUUCUAAUGGCAAGAUAACAAUUAGAUUCGACCGACCAUUUUUGCUGUCUGUUCCUUUUGUUCUAGGUGUCUUAUGUUCAGAGUUUUCCCUUUAAAUUAACUAUUUACUCUGGCAUUUGGGUUUGUUCUACGUUGGUGAGAAGUUUCUUCUUCGACAUGAUAAAAUAUAUAUUCGGUCUCUGCUCUAUGUUAACUGAUAUUUGAUAAAAACCCUUCACAAUUUCAGGUAUUGCGUUCUCCUGCAACAUAUUUUCAGUUCAGUGCUUUGCAACUGAUUAUGAUCAUAUUUUCAUCUUGGUUUUGAGCAUCAAGGCUACAAUUUUGGUCCGUAUACUAGACGCGAAUUCGACUUAAUCUAUAAAGAUUUUCAGUGUUUUCAGAUGUCCACCGUAACAGAUGACGAAAUCAUAAAGAGAAGACUUUUAAUCGAAGGCGAAAGUGGAAAUGAUGAUCGCAGAAUUACUCUAUUGCUGAAAAAUUAUCUUCGAUGGGUAGCUUCUGAUGAUGUUGGUGAAGACGGCUACGAAGCCUAUCAAGCCCUUAUAGCUAGUGUUUACCAGUGUGAAAACGCCAUGGAACAGUCGUCAUUAGUAAUAGCUAUGAACUACGAACAGCAAAAACAGUAUGAGGAUUUAUAUAAGGAGAUUGAAACGGCCAUUGAAAGUGCAAAAAAUCGCAUUCAGCAAUGUAAAGAAGAUCUGAGGUCCGCAAAAACCGUCAGGAAAAAUAGACGAGAGUAUGACAGUCUUGCCAAAGUUCUUUGUGAUCAUCCAGAGAGAGAUGAGACACUUGAGAAGUAUAAAAAAUUAAAAGCUACUUUAGAACGACUGGAGAAUUUAAAUGAGGAGUACGACCGAAAAAUUCAGCUUAGAAAAACUCAAUUCCACUUGUUUUUGGUUGCCCUGAAGGGCUUACAAAAAAUUGUCGAGGACGAUGAUUCGCUAUCUUCAGUCACAGAUGAUUUGGUGCAUACGCAGUCGUCAAAGUCUGUACACGAGGAGAUUUCUAUGAAAAUGGAUACAAAUUGAAGAAUAUAUAUGUAUUUAUAGUAGCCGUAAAAUUUUGCUUUUGUUCAUUGCGAGAAAUUGAUUGACCCCGCUUCGAUCUUAAUACGAUCUUUGUACGUACGUCUUGUAAAUAUAAAGUAUCACAUGUAAAUUUGUUGUGAGAUAUGGUCAAUAUAAACUUCUCGUUUGACAACAUAAAGUCGG